AUGAACAACUCUCCCGACCUGGAUUUCCGAUUCCCCACAACCCACCAAGACCUCGUUGUUUCCACCACCGCCACCCCCUCCACUGCUUCCGCUGCUGCUUCUUCUUCUUCCACUUAUUUUGUUGGGGACGAUAAAACCCACCAAAAUCCCAGGAAAAAACGCUCGAAACUGAUCAGACUCGACAACCCAAUUGCUCCAAGUAGGAUUUCAAGGCCCAAGUAUGCCAAAAAACCCGACCCAUCUGCGCCAAAGAUCACAAAGCCCUGUAGUGAGUGUGGGAAGAAGUUUUGGUCAUGGAAGGCUCUGUUUGGGCACAUGCGUUGCCACCCUGAGCGGCAGUGGCGCGGCAUCGACCCGCCGCCCAACUUACGACGACCCGUUUCCCCGAACGCGCCGUUGAGUGAGUUGGAAUGGGCAAUGGGGGAAGCAGACCACGAGGCGGCCUCGAGUUUGAUAAUGCUUGCUAGUGGGUGCACUAAUGGGACAAGUAAUGAGAUCACUACUCAGAGUAUUAGUACAAGUACUUUUCAGGGUGCUCAAGAGGUGUUUGAUGGUGGUAAUGGGAGGUUUGAGUGUUCAAGUUGCAAGAAAGUAUUUGGGUCCCACCAGGCUUUGGGGGGCCACAGGGCAAGCCACAAGAAUGUGAAGGGCUGUUUUGCAAUUACAAGGAGUGAUGGUGAGGUUGAUCAGGAUCAUCAUCACAAUGGUGAUGGUGAACGGGAUGAUGAGGAUGAUGAUGUGAUGGAGGAGAAUAAUAAGAUGGUUAUGGUGUUGGGAGGAUCAGGGCACAAGUGUAGUGUUUGUUGGAGGGUUUUUUCAAGUGGUCAAGCUUUGGGAGGGCACAUGAGGUGUCAUUGGGACAAAGGGGAUGAGCCAUCAUCAUCAUCCAUGAUGAUGACCCAAUUAGGGCUAAGUCAGCAGCACCAGCAGCCUAGUGGGAUUUCAAAGGAAGGCCAUUCUGGUGGAUUGGAUUUGAAUUUGCCUGCAGCUUCUCAUAUUGAAGAUGCUCAAUCCUCUUCUUCAGGCCUCAUCACUUUGGAUUUAAGGUUGGGUCUUUGA